CCCCUCACUGUUUCCCUUUCCAAACGGAGGACGGUUCGCUGGGUGGUGGCGGUGUUGGUGCGACUGUCUGCGGUUGUCUCUCACCCGCGUCUCCUGGGAUUCCGUCUCCCGACCUCUUUUGUCGUGUUAGUCCUUCAGAGACUGACUGGGCCGGUGUACCACAAAACGAGGGACUCCAGUGGGCAGACAGGAGAAAGAGGGAAUGGGACUGUACCACUCGAGGUUCAUAGAAGCCCUCAAGAAUGGCUCCGAGGACGAGGUCCGUCAGUUGUACAAUAACAGGAAAUCCGUGAGAGACCGCAUCGACCCGAACACCUCCCUAGGGCCGGCCCACAACGACAACAGCGUUCUCCACUACGCUGCCCUCCAUGCAAUGGAAUGGCUGUACCGAGAUCUCCUGACGAGGGGGGGCAAACCCGACAUGAGGAACGGAGUCGCCAGAAACUGCCUCCACCUCGUGUGUUCGUGUGUGGAGUCCAACAAGAGAGAGGCCGAGAGGCGGGCGAGGAUUGUCCUGCUGACGAUCCACGAGGGCCUGUUUGGAAUGGACGUUGAGCACGUUCUCCGCGAGAGGGACGAGGACGGGAACACGGCUCUCCACCUCGCGGCCUCGGCCGGUCUCCAGAGCUGCGUGGAGGUUCUACUGGAAAACAAGGCAGAUCUCUACGUCACCAACAAGAAGGAGCAGACGGCCGCUGACUGCGCAUCUGAGUGUAAACGCAGCGCCCUAGCCACCCUCAUUGAGACUAGGAUGGUUUUUACAGCGGACGACGACGGAAGCUCCGCCCACGUCGUUGAUCCAGACCACACCCACCUGAUGGAACUGGCCGAGGCUCCGUCGGGGAUGAGGGACAGCGACCUCCGCUCCAUGAAGGACCAGCUGCUCAUUGAGACCUCGGAACUCCUGGGGGUGUCGCUGUUUACUUCAGAAGCACUUCUCAGACACCAUGGCUGGUCAAAGGAGCAGCUGCUGGAAGCCUGGAUGGAGAAUCCAACCGAAGUCUGUGAGAAAGCUGGAGUCCAACUCCCCACGAACCUUGGCACCCACAACCUGGACACACCCUCCGUAGUCUCCCCGCCUCGGGGACCGCCCGGGGAGGAGGUGGAGGGGGAGGAGGGAGGGGAGAGGGAGUGUGGAGUGUGUGUGGUGACGUUCGUUCCCGAUGUUGAGGUUCCUUGUGGCCACGUCUUCUGCCGCGACUGCUGGAGACACUAUCUUCACCAGAAGAUUGAGGCUGGGGAUGCCCACUCCAUCGUCUGUCCGGAGUAUGGCUGCUUCAAACUGGUGCCAAUUGAAGUGAUAGAGGGUGUGGUGUCGAGGAAGAUGACCCAGCGUUACCUCCAGUUUGACAUCAAGGCCUUUGUGGAGUCACACCCGACCAUCCGCUGGUGUCCCUACCCCGACUGUCACCGGGCGGUCCGGAUUACCACACCCAAUGACACGCCCGGCGACGCCCAGCAACCAACCACCGUUCACUGCGGCAACGAACACUACUUCUGUUGAAUCACGUAGAAGAUCACGGUGCGAUGAUGAUACCUGCAGGAGCUGUUCCGGAGAGCCCCACGUCCCCACGUCGUGUGAGGGCUGGAGAAAAUGGCUGGACCAUGUGCAAGAGAUGGCGCCCCAGAUCGGCGACCGGACGACCUCGCAGCUGGACGACGCCGCCAGCCAGAGGUGGCUGGCAACUCGCAGCAAACCAUGCCCCAAGUGCCGGGCACCUAUUGAGAAAACUGAUGGCUGUAACCACAUGUGCUGUAAAAAGUGUAAGCAUGACUUCUGUUGGGUGUGUCUGGAUGAGUGGAAACUACACAACACGUCUACUGGAGGCUAUUUUGAAUGUAACAGAUAUGAGGUCAGGAGAAAAGCCGACAGUCAACUGGUAAAAAGGAAAGAAGAGGUAAUGGAGGGAGUGGAGGAGGUGGAAAAGCUGAGGAGAUUCAUCCACUAUUACGAGAGAUACAAGACGCACAGGGAAAACCUACAGUUGGAAUUGCCAUUUCUGGAGAAGGCAAACGUCAAGUCUGAGAAACUGCGAGCCUCGGUCCAGAACAUGGACACUUCUCGACGCUACACUGUCUCUGUCGAUAUGUCCUUCAUCGAGGAGGCCAUUCGAGAGCUGCUGGCCUCUCGUCGCAUCCUCGUCGCCUCCUAUCCCUUCGGCUACUACGUGGAGGGUAACAGGGCUCGCCGCCUCUUUGAGAAUAUUCAGGGUACACUGGAGCAAGUGACAGAGCUGCUGGCACAAGUGGUGGCCAGACCACACCUCCGCAAGCCGCGGGCGGAGAUCAUCAGACUCACCUCCGAGUGCCGCGAGAAGAGAAAAUGGCUCGUCAAAGACUGCCGCGAUCUCCCAGACCCGACUCCGCCCACUAGACGACACAGACUACCCCUGUUUGGUCUCCGUGACUACAGUCCUCCGUCGUCGUCAUCGGACGAGAUCGAAGACGCCUUCAUCCGACACUUGCGCAGCUUCGACUCUCGCCACCGGCAACAGCUGUCGUCGGGGCAACAGCAGGGCGGAGAACGAGGGGCGGGGCAGAGGGAGGCGCUAGAGCAGGAGUUACUGCAGGCUAUACAGCUGUCCCGGCAAGAGCACGAAGAACACAUAAAGCUGGAGGCUGACAUAGAGAGAGCAAAGGAACUGAGUUUAGCAGACACCGGAAACCAGCCAACUGCUGAGUCGGGACUUCUCUUCCUCGGUGAUACCACCACGCCCCAUUCUCGGAGAAUGACCACAGAAAACCAGCCAAAAUGGUUUUUCCCAGUCGAGACGACAACACCCCUUCGGAGGCAGCUGCCCCCCUCCCACCUACACCGUCUCUCGUUCCCCCUCGUCCCCUCUCCCUCCUCUCGGCCACACCCUCCCCACAGACCCAGCGUGGAUCCACCCCGACUUCCUUAUUUGGAAUUCCUCCCUCCUAUACCUCAUCGCGCUCUCUCUCGUCCCUCCCCUCCCUCUUCAUCCUCCCCCUCCUCCCCUCCAGCUCCCCCCUCCCCUCCCUCCCCUCCCCUUGUGAUAGAACCACGCAAAGGGGAAAAUAAUUUUGAUGACGACACUAGUUCUGCCUCCAGUAGAGGCUGGGACGACGAGGAGCUUGCUAAGGCUCUAAGUCUGUCGCUAAUGGAAGCCACACCCCAGCAGCCACACCCCUCUGAUUCUCCGACAACAGCAACAGAGGGCGACGAGCUGAAUAUACCUCCAUGGCUGCAGCAUCCUCACUGAAGUGACGAAAGUUAGCUGUUAGCCUGAAACACAUUUUGUUUUGCAAUUUUUCUGUAUAUUAUUAUCAAUCCAAUGUUUUUUAAUGAUCAAAAGAAGAGGAGAUUGUUUGGAGUCGACAGACGUCAGAUGCUAGACCGUAAAAAUUCAUCAGUAAUCUUGGUAGGUUCCUCGUGUAUGUCUGCGAGAUGUUUUUCCUGGAGAGGAUGGGAAACCUAAGGUGUGACCUCUGACCUGCCAGUGAGUGUACAGUUUCGAGAAAGCUAGCUGGCUAGAGAGAGAUGGUUACUUUCGUCAGCGUACAUGGAAAAAUCGGUUGGAUCUGGCCCUACCACUGAGCUCUGGAGAGUUGCAUCUGAUUAAC